GCGAAACGGUCGGCAAGUUCGCUUCCACCUCUGUGAAUCCCGCAUUUCGCGAAGCUUCUUCCGAUUUAGGGCUCUUAUCGGAGAUAGUUUCUUACCGGCGAAGAGCGGCGAGAGAGAUCGCGAAAAUGGCGAUGCCGAAGGCGAAGGAGCUCGUGUCCGCCAACCCCGUCGUCGUCUUCAGCAAAUCGUACUGUCCCUACUGCGUCAGCGUGAAGAAGAUGCUGUCUCAAUUGGGAGUCAAUUUCAAGGCCCUCGAAUUGGAUCAGGAGAAUGAUGGGAGUGAGAUUCAAUCUGCACUGGCUGAGUGGACUGGACAAAAGACUGUGCCAAAUGUGUUUAUUGGGGGGAACCAUAUUGGUGGCUGUGAUGCUACAACUGCAAUGCACAAUCAGGGAAAGCUUGUGCCCUUGCUGACUCAGGCAGGAGCUCUUGCUAAAGCUUCUUAAGGAAAAAUUCAGCUACUUGGUUGAUCUGUCCAGUAGUAAAUAAGUGCAAACUAUUGUCAUAUGGUGGUUAAGUGUUGUCUUGUGGCUUAGUUUUAUGCACAUUGACUUGGCCUUGUUCUGCUUGACAGAGUGGUCAAUUUAAACCGUGUGCAUUGCAGCGAUUAGACAGGUUCUUUAUAGAGCCUGUCUUAAAAUAUAUGCGCUUGGGUUGCUCUGCUCGAGGUGCUAAUGGAGAAGUCAUUCUGUUGGGGCUAUGUCGUUGGUGUUCUUGGGUGGGGACAUCUUGUUAUUUCCGCAUUUCGUUCCUCACGGUAUACACUCAUCAUUUGGUAUGUCUCAGCAUAUGGUGUGGUGCAGUCCUUUGAUACCAUGAAAAGCCUAAGGCCAUUAAGCAAUGAAUAUUUUGGUAAUUCA